UCCAUAUAUUUCUUUUCGUUGGUCAUUUUUAUCAGCGGAAAAUGCUUUUGGUGAGUCGGAUGUUUUCGCGCAUUUAUUUCAUCAUUAAAAAUACCUGAUAUAAACCGGAACUAAAAUCGGACAGAAGACAACCAAGCAAAUACAAAUAUAUUGAAAAUAUUUUUGUGAAGUGACAUUUGAAGGGCCAUUCUUCCAUCAAUUUUGAACCGCCCACGAAUUUCAGAAAUUUUCGCAGUUAAAUUUUUUUCAGGGUGCUACGACACAACACACCCGUCACAGUCUCCAUCGGAAGUCGCAACAGAACGUGGUAAAAUUUACUGUCAUAUCUACAAUCUACAAUGAGUGUGGACACGUAUGGUCCCAGUUCACAGACCUUGACGUUCCUUGACACCGAGGACAAUGAUCUAAUCGGUGCCGAUACCCAAGCUUCAGAUUUUGAUUUUCGCGAUUUCACAAUACCCUCUCAGUCCCAGACUCAAUCCUCUCAAUUAGAUCCAAUUGCAACAACCAGCCAGAGCAAUGCAUUCGGACGCAAAUUGGAAAUUCAUUCGAAGCUGCCGGGCAUUACCAACGGUAUGGCUGCUCUGCAAUUUGAAGAAGACGACGAAGAUGGUGCGCUGGCAGUGAGAGAACUGCCUCCGCAUGCAUGCAAGUAUUGUGGCAUUCAUGAUCCCGGCACGGUGGUCAUGUGCAACAAUUGCAAGAAAUGGUUUUGUAAUGGACGAGGCAAUACAUCUGGAUCGCAUAUUGUCAAUCACUUAGUGCGUGCCAAACACCGCGAAGUAACUUUGCAUAGUGAUGGACCCUUGGGGGAAACAGUAUUGGAAUGUUAUUCAUGUGGUGUGCGCAACGUCUUCGUUUUGGGAUUUAUACCAGCCAAAGCAGAUUCGGUUGUUGUGCUCCUAUGCAGGCAACCGUGUGCUGCACAAAAUUCCCUCAAGGACAUGAACUGGGAUCAGGAACAAUGGAAACCAUUAAUAAGCGAUCGUUGUUUCCUCGCAUGGUUAGUGAAAGUGCCUUCGGAUCAAGAGCAAUUACGUGCUCGCCAAAUAUCAGCUGGACAGAUAAAUAAGCUUGAAGAACUCUGGAAGGAAAAUAUUGAAGCUACUUUCCAAGACCUAGAAAAACCAGGCAUCGAUACCGAACCAACUCAAGUGCUGUUGCGUUAUGAAGAUGGUUAUCAAUACGAAAAGGUUUUCGGACCAUUGGUGCGUUUGGAAGCGGAAUAUGAUAAAAAAUUAAAAGAGUCUCAGACCCAAGAAAAUAUUGAGGUUCGCUGGGAUGUAGGUUUGAACAAAAAGACAAUUGCCUACUUUACUUUGGCCAAAACCGAUAGCGAUAUGAAACUGAUGCAUGGUGAUGAGUUGAGGCUUCGCUAUGCAGGAGAACUGCAUGAGCCAUGGAAUGAAAUUGGUCAUGUUAUCAAAGUACCCGAUAACUAUGGCGAGGAUAUCGGCCUGGAAUUGAAAAACAAUUCUGGUGCCCCAAUUAAAUUUACUUCGAGCUUCGCAGUGGAUUUUAUUUGGAAAUGCACGUCGUUUGAUCGAAUGUUAAGGGCCUUGAAGGUCUUCGCCAUGGAUCGCAAUUCAGUUUCGCAUUACAUUUAUGCUCACCUUUUGGGACAUGGCCGUCCCGAUGGUUGGGACGAUGUUUUCCGUGGGCCUGUUCCCAAGUUGUUUAGUGCACCAAAUUUGCCUGAUUUGAAUCGAUCGCAAGUGUAUGCCGUUAAGCAUGCAAUUCAGCGACCAUUGUCUCUAAUUCAGGGACCACCAGGAACCGGAAAAACAGUCACAUCGGCUACCAUAGUUUAUCAGCUGGUGAAGCAAAAUGGUGGCACCGUGUUGGUGUGUGCGCCCAGUAACACUGCAGUCGAUCAGCUUACCGAAAAAAUUCACAGAACUAAUUUGAAAGUUGUCAGAGUGUGUGCUAAAUCCCGUGAAGCCAUUGACAGCCCAGUAAGCUUCUUAGCACUGCACAAUCAAAUUCGUAACAUGGAAACUAACGUUGAACUUAAGCAGCUGCAACAGCUUAAGGAUGAAACAGGAGAAUUAAGUCGAGCCGAUGAGAAACGUUAUCGGAUGCUCAAGCGCGCUGCGGAAUUUCAACUUCUCGAGGCGGCUGAUGUUAUAUGCUGCACUUGCGUGGGAGCUGGUGAUCCGCGUCUUAAAAGCAUAAAGUUCUCAUCGAUCCUCAUCGAUGAAAGCAUGCAAUCUACUGAACCUGAAUGUAUGGUUCCAGUGGUUCUUGGAGCAAAGCAAUUGAUUUUAGUAGGAGACCAUUGUCAACUAGGCCCCGUAGUAAUGUGUAAGAAAGCAGCUCGCGCUGGUCUUUCUCAGAGUUUAUUUGAACGCUUGGUUGUGCUUGGAAUUCGGCCAUUCCGCUUAGAAGUUCAGUAUCGUAUGCAUCCUGAGCUUUCGCAAUUCCCUUCAAAUUUCUUUUAUGAGGGAAGUUUACAGAAUGGAGUGUGUGCUGAAGAUCGUAAGCUGAAAAUCGAUUUUCCAUGGCCGCAAGCAGAUCGACCUAUGUUUUUCCUUGUCACACAAGGUUCAGAAGAAAUUGCCGGCUCAGGAACAUCCUAUUUAAAUCGUACCGAAGCAGCUAAUGUCGAGAAAAUAACAACCCGAUUCUUAAAAGCUGGUGUUAAACCUGAACAAAUUGGCAUUAUUACACCAUAUGAAGGUCAAAGAGCCUACUUGGUGCAAUACAUGCAAUACCAAGGAAGUCUGCACUCUAAACUAUAUCAAGAAAUCGAAAUUGCUAGUGUUGACGCCUUCCAAGGCCGUGAAAAAGACAUAAUUAUAAUGUCGUGCGUUCGUUCCAACGAACGUCAGGGAAUUGGUUUUCUGAACGAUCCUCGUCGAUUGAAUGUGGCGCUUACUCGCUCAAAGUAUGGAACAAUUAUUGUUGGUAAUCCUAAAGUUCUAUCUAAGCAGCCUCUUUGGAAUCAUCUAUUGAAUUUCUAUAAGGACCGAAAGGUUUUGGUCGAAGGUUCGCUAAAUAAUCUAAAGGAAUCACUCAUACAGUUUCAGAAGCCCAAAAAACUUGUUAAUACCAUGAAUAUUGGUGCACACUUUAUGAGCACCAUGAUGUGCGAUGCCAAAGAAGCAAUGGUGCCAGGAUCAAUGUAUGAUCGUUCGGCAAUGCGUGGCUAUAGUAAUUUUGGACCUAACUCGAAUGUUAAUUUAGGUGUUAUUGGUCAUAGUUUUAAUCCAUCUGGAGCAUCAAUGAAUCCCUUGGGAGGAUAUCCAGCACGCAACAUGGGCAUGGAUAUGUUUGGAAGAUCUCACCAUGACUCAAUCAGUUAUAUAUCCCCGGAACGAGCACAAGCGGCCAUGAAUAACAUGCCAGUUCCUGUAGGCAUGUUCAUGAAUAUGAGCAACAUACCACCUCGUUUUUAUAACCAACAUCAACAGGCUAUUCAAGCUGCAAAACAAGGACGACGUCAAGCAAUCGGCGAACGAGUUAUGCCAAAGAACUCACGGGGUGAUGGCUCGGCAAAUAAUGAUAAACUAUUUUCGAAAAACCGCAAUAGCCAAGGAACCGGAAUACCACUUACUCAGCAACUUAUGUCCCAAAAUAUGUCACAACCUGGCUUUACACUUUCGCAACAACAUGAUUUGUCUCAAGAUUUUGGACAAAUUUCCCAAAUGGAUGGCAUCCUAUCACAGGAUGUUGCUUUCAACGUAAACGUUGGAGACCGUCCUAGCAUUGGCUUUAAUAACCAAAGCCAAUUUUCUCAACCGUAUUGAUUGCAUGGAGGAAGGUUAAAAUAAUCUAACGACAACAGAAACAGCACCCAGUUGCAUUCAUUGUGUGGUAACUGGUAUAAGAGUACAUAAUAAAGAUACAAAAAGUGAUACAAGCGUGUUGGGAAAAUAACAAUGCAAACAAACAACAACAAGAAGAACAAUAAUUAAUAAAACAAAGAAAACAAAACAAAAAAUAUAUAAAUAUUUAGAAGAAGCAAUUUAUAAAUAAAACCAAAAACAAAACCAAACCAAAAAAUUAACAAAUACAAAAAUAUAGCGUCAAGAAAUCAGCAAGGAAAGAACACAGACAAGUUUAGAGAAAAUGUUAAAUGCGUCUCAAAAGUUCGGUUAACUUUAAUGAGUGGGCAUUCCUUCAUCAGCGUAUUUAAUACAAAACAUUAAACGCCAUACUCACAAACAAAACCCAAAACGUUAGAGGGUCAGUCAGAUGUGGAAGCCUGCGUUAUGAACUCUCUCACUAAGCAGAUAUGUGUCAGCUUGCUUUGCCGACAAACCAAGGAGAUAUUGGAGCAAUUGUUUCUUGGUAGAAAAAAAAACAAACAAGACAACAACUGAGAAAACUGCAACGGAAAGAGCUUACUGUCUCCCUGUAAGAGCCGUCGGACUCUAAGUACAUGAUGGGCGCUGCUGGAAUGCUGAAUCGAUUAUAUUUUUAUUUUCCUGAAUUGUCAUGUUUCGGGAAGUGAAUUUUUAUGUUAAUUCAAAAAUAAAACAAACAAACAAAAACAAUCAUAUUUUAACUUAUAGCUUUCUUUAUUUUUCUUUCUUGAAAUGCACCAUAAUGCAAAUGAAUGUACUCGGUUGAUUGAAAAACAGAAGAAAAAAAACAUUUUUAAUUGCAAAAUUUAUUUCAUGUUAAUAAAGUUUUUAUUUUGUAUUUGCAUCAUACUAA